UCUCAAGACGUACGCUGGGCCAUGUGCCAUUGAGGUUUUGUGUUACUGGAGUUACUAUUGACGUUGGAUUUUUUGGAUUUAUUUCCUGAUUGCCAUGGCGAAUUCUACCCUUCUAUUUGGUGCUGCUAUCAUACUUUCAAUUGUUAUUGCUGUACGUGGUCACGGUUCCAAAUGCGAGAAGGUCUCAUCUUUGGCAACGUUAGAAGACCAUAACACGGUGGUCCAGACCAACCUGGAGAUGCUUACAGGAACCUGGGUUUCAGAAGGUUGUGAAACCAGACCUGGACCAGAAUACGUACUUCGUUCCUACACUUUUGAACCCGACGGUCACUACUACUUGGUACAACAUCAUUAUUAUGACGAUUCCUGUUCAUCUCCACAACUGUCUGUGUUCUCUUAUGGAAGAAUACAACUUAGAACGUCUUUAAUGCAACCAGAUGCUGCCAGUACUAUUUUAAAAGUGACUAACAUCAGUGUCAUCCCACAAGAUAACAAUGCAGCCAGGGAAAUGGAUAGAGUUGUUGCACUUGAAUGUCCAGGUCAGGAUUGGAAGAGUUGGCGUAGAUAUGACGAACAUUUAGUGUACGACGCAGCUCAAGACAACAAAAGGAACUUCAACAACCUGUGGGAGUCCCGGUACGGCAUAAAUAACCAAUACGACUUGAAUCGACGUGCAAACAGCCAUCACAUUUUCGGAGACAUUUCUUGUCUAGGCACUUUGAAAUGGGCCUUCAACGAGCUUAAGCUACUUAAGGUGCAACUUCGGCCAAUAAUGGAUCAACUAAAGCCCAGAAAAUAUCCAAGACAAAUGAAAGCCGAGUUGCUUCUUGGAGACAUUCAUACCAACUACAAGCAAAGGGAAAAUCAUAUACCGACGAGUUUUCAAGUGGCUUUGAUCAAACAAGUUAAAGAAGAACGACUUUCCAUCAACAGACACACCUAUAUUAUUAAAAGUCCGACUGGAAUGCCCAGUCAUCUCUUCCUGGAUAGCAAGACUCCACCUCAUUUAAUCGAAAAACCUCAUCUGCCUCCGUAUAUUUGGGGUGAAUGGACUUCAACGCGCUGUGAGGUCAGACCUAUGGGUCUUUAUUUGACCAGACGGUUUUCGUUCUACUCCGAAGACUCCACUUGGAUUGGAGAACACAAAUUCUACUCGGAUCCGUUCUGUAAAAUUCCCAAGUUCAUAGUAACAGCAGCUGGACAUUUCGUCUUGGCCGGGGCUAAUAAACUAAUGAAGGGGACCACAGACAUCGAUUUUCACAUAGAAAAAGCCAGUUUAACAGUUUUGGAUCAACGUAUGAUCUACGACUUGCGUUUGCCGGGAAUGUGUGGGGUGGACGAGUGGGAAGUGAACGUGCCGAAGGAACUGAGCUCUACAAAUGGUUGUAUUCAACUAGGAAUUAUUUUGCCUUCAAUACAAUACGAUAUAGUGAAACUGGAAAUGGAUUAUAGAGGUUCCUGUUUACUUUACUUGGGACAAGUCAACACAGACAACAUACAGAAUACUGUAAAUGAAAGGCCGACUUCUUUCCAACUACCGUUGGUCAAAUGUGGUGAAGUGGCCAGUUACUCGCAAAGUCUAAGAGAUAUUCUUAAUGAUGGAAUCUAUUAUGGCAAUAGUGCGGGCAGUAAAACGUACAUGUUGUACUUGUGUGUGUCAACUUUAAUAAUAUAUUUUAGUAGAUGAUUGUGAUAAAUAUAUAAUUUAAUUUUUUGUAAAUAUGUAUGUACAUAAAUUGUAAAUUUUGUAAAUAUGAACAAAUAUAGGGACAACAUUACCAGUGAUAUAAAAUAGUUUAUGUAAUAUUUAUAGUUUUGUAUA